GUAGUCAGUGGCGUCACAAGCACUCUCCGCCGUGAUUGGCUGUGCGGUGGUGUCUUCACGGCCGGGCUGUGCGCUGAUUGGUCUCCGAAACGAAGGUUCUGUGCGCUUCCUGUUCCUCGGAGUUUGGAAAGAGCAGCUGAGAGUAGGGCAUCACGGGUUAAGAGCCAUCUAGGCUUCUGCCUUGGGGUCGCACUGUACCGCACAUCCCGGGGGUCCAUGACACAAUGCCCCACGAGAGCUUAACCCGUUUUGCCAUCAUCAUGCUUGUAUCAUUUUCCGCCGUGCUUUCGGCGCAGCGGGAGUUUGACACCCUGGCGCAUCUCAAGCCACAGGCGAGUGACGACACGCAGGCUAGAGCUGUAGGCGACCUCCUGACGCGGCUGAUCGGGCAGAGGGCUGGCGACUUCAUCGUGUCCGUCAACCGGUCUCUAGCGCAGGCCAACGGCAGCCCGGACGCCUGCGAGCUCUGGUCUGCGAAAGGGGACAAGAUCGCGGUGGUGGGGAGCACCGGGGUGGCCGCGGCUGCUGGGGUGUACACAUAUCUGAAGUAUUUCUGCAAUUGUCACGUCUCCUGGACAGGCAGACAGCUGAACGUCCCGUCUCCGCUGCCCCCGAUCACCGGCGUCCUGAGAAUCAGCAGCCCGCACAGGUUCCGGUAUUACCAGAAUGUGUGCACUCAGAGCUACUCCAUGGUGUGGUGGGACUGGGCACGCUGGGAGCAGGAGAUCGACUGGAUGGCACUGAAUGGCAUCAAUCUGCCCUUGGCAUUUGUUGGGCAGGAAGCAGUUUGGCAAGAGGUGUACUUGUCGCUGGGCCUGAAUCGGAGUGAGAUCGACAGCUUCUUCACGGGCCCUGCCUUCCUGGCCUGGAACCGCAUGGGCAACCUGUUCCGCUGGGGCGGCCCGCUGCCCCAGUCCUGGCACCUGAAACAGCUCUACCUCCAGUAUAGAAUCCUGGACCGAAUGAGAUCUCUGGGCAUGAUCCCUGUCCUGCCUGCUUUUUCUGGAAAUGUUCCUGAAGCCAUUACCAGGAUUUUCCCCCAGGCUAACGUGACCAAGCUCAGUCCCUGGAGCCACUUCAACUGCAGCUACUCCUGCGCCUACGUUCUGGACCCACGGGACCCCCUCUUUCAGCGCAUCGGGGCCCUCUUCCUGUCCCAGCUGCUCAAGCAGUUCGGCAGCGACCACAUCUACAACACGGACACCUUCAACGAAAUGACCCCCUCCUCGUCCGAUCCCACGUACCUGUCCGCGGUCAGCCAGGCGGUCUUCACCUCCAUGACAGCAGUUGACCCCCAGGCGAUCUGGCUGAUGCAGGGCUGGCUGUUCGUCCACGACGCCGCGUUCUGGCAGCCGGCCCAGGUGCGGGCUCUGCUGCGCGGCGUGCCCCUCGGCAGGAUGGUUGUCCUGGACCUGUUUGCGGAGUCCGUGCCGGCGUACUCCUUCACCCAGUCCUUCUACGGGCAGCCCUUCAUCUGGUGCAUGCUGCACAACUUCGGGGGGAACAGCGGGCUCUUCGGGACGGUGGACAGCAUAAACCGGGGGCCGUUCGAGGCCCGCCGCUACCCCAACUCCACCCUGGUGGGGGUGGGGCUGGCCCCCGAGGGCAUCGAGCAGAACGCCGUGGUGUACGAGCUGAUGAGCGAGCUGGCCUGGCGCCGGGAGCCGGUCCGCCUGGACAAGUGGGUCUCCCUCUACGCGGUGCGGCGCUACGGCAGCAGUCACCAGAAUCUCCCCGCCGCGUGGAGGCUCCUCUUCCGGAGCGUCUACAACUGCACCCUGCCGGGCUACAAGAAUCACAACCGCAGCCCGCUGGUGCACCGGCCCUCCCUGCGCAUGGCCGCCGACCUGUGGUACGACCCCCGGGACCUGUACGAGGCCUGGAGGCUGCUGCAGGCCGCGGCCGAGCCGCUGAUGGCCGUGGAGACCUUCAGGCACGACCUGGUGGACGUCACCCGCCAAGCCCUGCAGCUCCUGGUGACCGAGUUCUACCAGGAGGUCAGGAGGGCUUUCCAGGGCCAGCAGCUGCAGGAGCUGCUGACCGCCGGGGGGGUCCUGGUGUACGACCUCCUCCCCGAGCUGGACCGGCUGCUGUCCAGCGAGAGCCACUUCCUUCUGGGCGCCUGGCUGGAACGCGCCAGGUCUCUGGCCCUGGGGGACGAGGAGGCUCGGCUGUACGAGUUCAACAGCAGGAACCAGCUGACGCUGUGGGGCCCCGCCGGAAACAUCCUGGACUACGCCAGCAAGGAGUGGGGCGGGCUGGUGGCCGACUACUACGCCCGGCGCUGGGGGCUCUUUGUCGCCGCCCUGGUGGAAUGCCUGGACAGGGGGCGGCCCUUCAAACAGGAGACGUUCAACCGGGCCGUCUUUCAGGUGGAGCAGGACUUCGUGCGCAGCCGGAGGGAGUACCCCUCCACCCCCGUAGGGGACACUUACGAGAUCGCCAGCAGGAUCUUCCUCAAGUACUACCCACAGGCCAUGAAGAAACUGCAGGAAGCCAGUGGAUUUUCGGCAGGAGGCCUUCAUCGUGUUUGAGGAAGCACAGUGAGGAAACUCCUUUUUGUAGAGUAACCCAGCUGCUCCCCACCGAAGGGCACUAAGCAACUGUGUUAGAGGCUUGUCAAUGGUGUCACUUAUUGGCAGCUUUUGAUAUAUUUAGUUUUGUGGCCCUUCUACUCCUCUGUACCUUUUGAACACUAAAUUAUAAAGGCCAUAGCUGAAAUCCA